AUGCUUUGGGGCCUCUUCCAAGUGCUCCGCCCCGAGGCUGCCGUCACGGUGCUGCUCACCACCGUGGGGCAUGUACUCACGGCUGGCCGCGUGCCCAUCGCGUUCCUGAUCGCCGCAACUUUGGGCUUCCCAGUGCCCGUUAUGGCCUUCAGUGCCCUGCGGAUGGGUGGCGGGCGAAUGCUGUACGGGUUGGGGGCCCUGGCGGCCAUCCUUCGGGGCGCCCACACCACGCUAGGGGUCUGCCGUCUCCUCAGCGUCACGGUCGCCGCCGCAGGAUGCCCCAGCAUGGGGCCAGAGGCCUGCCUACCAGUCUUGGCCGCAGCCUGUUGGCCUGCCUUCCCCGAGGCGGCCGGGGCGCCCGCGCCUCCGCGGCCGCGUGCUGAACCCAGACCGCUCGCCCAGGGGGCCAACGUGGCUAAAUGGCACAUUGACGCAAAGCGCACCCGUGCCUUUUGUACUUGCUUCGCCUCCUCGUGCAAGGGCCCCAUCACCAGAGGGGAUCUGCGCGUCCGCAGCGCCGCCAACACAGUAAAUCCGCGGUGGUACCACGCCAGCUGCGUUAAAGGUGGCUUGGGGCCCCAGGGUGACCUCGAAGGCUUCGUCGACCUCCAGCAGGAGGACCAGGCCAAGGCCCAGAAAUUCUGUGACCACCCAGGCGGAGUCUCGAGGGCGCAGUACGUAGAGACAGAAGUCCCCAUGGAGCGCUUCGACGAGUUGCCGGAG